AUGGAUAAAAGUUGGAUGACAAUGGGUAAGACACCCGAUGGCAGAUUAAGUCAUCCAUAUAUUGAAGGGGUGAAUGCAUUUAUUAAUUCUGCAAGAGCGGUUGUGGAUUUGAGUGGUAAUAUUCCAUGUCCGUGUAUUCACUGUGUGAAUUGCUAUCGACAAUCUCCUCAAAUUGUGCGUAUCCAUUUGUUUCAUCGUGGAAUUAUGCAAUCUUAUAUUAAUUGGUAUAAUCAUGGAGAACCUCGUGUAUUGAACGAGAACAUUCAUGAUAAUGAAAUGUCGGAUGGUGAUCAUAUGGAUGGUGUCGAUGCCUUGGUAGAUGACCGAAUUAGAGGGGAACCAAGAAAUGCAACCGAAGAUGAGGAGGUGCGUCAUUUUGACAAACUUGAGGAAGAUGCAAAACGUGAGUUGCAUCCGGGUUGCACUGAUUAUAGUAUCUUGAAGUUUGUUAUUGAGAUGUUGAAUGUAAAAGUAAUGACCAACUUGAGUAAUAAGGGACUUGAUAUGAUGCUAGAAUUGCUGACAAAGGUUUUACCGAAAGGUAACUUGGUUCCAAGGUCAACUUAUGAAGCAAAGAAGAUAUUACGUGACUUGGGCAUGUCAUACGAGCAUAUAGAUGCAUGCAAAAAUGAUUGUGCAUUAUUUUGGAAGGAAAAUGAAAAUCUUGAUAAAUGUUCGGUGUGUGAGGUGCCUAGGUACAAAGAUACAUGUACCCAAGGUAAGAAAAUUCCUCAUAAAGUAUUGCGUUACUUUCCGUUGACACCGAGAUUAAGGAGAUUGUACAUGUCAAGCCAAAGAGCUAAGGACAUGAGAUGGUAUAUAGACAAACGUGUGGACGAUGGGAUAAGGAGGCAUCCGGUUGAUAGUGGGGAGUGGAAGGAAUUUGAUUUGCAACAUCCUAAUUUUGCCCUCGAACCUCGCAAUGUAAGGUUAGGGUUGGCUACAGAUGGAUUUAAUCCUUUUGGGAAUAUGAACAAUAAUUAUAGUAUGUGGCCUGUCAUACUUAUCCCCUAUAAUUUACCGCCUUGGUUGGUUAUGAAGGAGCCAUAUUUUAUGUUGUCCUUGCUUAUUCCCGGUCCCCAUCAACCGGGGAAUGAUAUUGAUAUUUACUUGAAACCAUUGGUUGAUGAGUUGAAGGAGUUGUGGGAAGAAGGUGUAGAAACUUAUGAUGCUUAUAGUAAAGAGCAUUUUCAGAUGCGUGCAACUUUGUUGUGGACAAUACAUGACUAUCCUGGAUUUGGUAACGUAUCCGGGUGGAGGACAAAGGGUUAUCAUUCUUGUUACACUUGCAACGAUCAACCAUAUUCAGAAGCUUUGGAAAGUAAAAUUGGAUUCAUUAAUCAUCGAGCUUAUUUACCUAUGGAACAUCGUUGGAGACAUAGUCGGUUGCAUAAUGGUUUACCGGAAAAACGGAAGAGAUCUUUAGAGUUACAAGUGGGAAAGAUACAAGAGCAACUAGGUAGAAUGUCAAAUAUAAUUUUAGGAAAGCAUCCAAGUAACAAGAAGAGACAACUCAUUGGGGAGCCAAAUUGGUCAAAGGUAAGUAUUUUGUACAAGCUUCCAUACUGGAAAAAUAAGAAGCUUAAGCACAACAUUGAUGUCAUGCAUGUGGAGAAGAACAUUAGUGAGAGUACUUAUGGUACUUUGUUGGGCAUUGAGGGGAAAAAUAAGGACACUGAUAAGGCACGGAUAGACUUGCAAAAUAUGAACUUCAGGCACACGUUGCAUUUGAAACAAUGUCCUGAUGGAUCAUAUGACAAGCCUCGGGCUUUCUUUUCAUUAAGCCCCAAUGAAAGAGAUGGUUUUUAUGACUUUUUGAAAUCAGUCAAGUAUCCGGAUGGCUAUGCAGCCAACAUAUCAAGGUCAGUGAAUGCAAAAAAUGGUAGAUUAUCUGGUUUGAAAAGCCACGACUGUCAUGUGUUACUACAACGAAUUCUUCCAAUUGGGUUGCGAGGGUUUGCAGAUAAAGACAUUAGUAUUGUAUUGUUUGAGUUAGGCAACUUCUUCCAAGACUUAUGCUCAAGGACCCUAAAGCGGAGUGAAUUGGAGAAACUAGAAGAAUGUAUAGUUCUUAUACUAUGCAAGCUUGAGAGGUAUCUUGGAAAAUUGAAAAGAUACGUUUCCAACCGAGCUCGACCAGAAGGUUCGAUUGCAGAGGCUUACAUUCUUAAAGAAUGUAUUAACAACUGGUCUUUGUAUAUUGAUGGGAUCGAAACUGUUCAUAAUCGAAGAGAAAGAAAUGAAGAUUUUGGUGAAUCUAGCGAAGAAUUGAUAGUUUUUUCACAGACUGCCCGACCUACAGGUGGUAGGCGAAAUGAUGGCGAUUUCUCUCGUGCAUUGCUUGAUACUGCUCAUUGGUACUUGUUGUACAAUAGUCCUGAGCUAGAGCCUUAUUUAAACGAACACAAAAGCACAUUGCAUAAUCCUACUAGAGAAGCCAUAACUCAAAUCCAACGACAAGAGUUUCCUAAGUGGUUUAGAGAACGUAUGAAUAGAUUGAAAGUUAACGAUUUAUCAGAAGCUACUAAACAGUUAUGGUCAUUAGCAAAUGGUCCUAAGCCGUAUGUGAAGGAGUACACAGUUUGUAUGAUCAAUGGUGUAAAGUUCCAUACAAGGGACUUAGACAAUCGUCGUGUAACCCAAAACAAUGGUGUAUGUACCGAAGGAGACCAUGAGGGAGAAAUGCACGACUUCUAUGGUCAUGUGUGCAAAAUUUGGGAGUUAGAGUAUAUGUUUCGCCAUAAAGUUGUUUUGUUUCAGUGUGAAUGUCAAGCGAAACAGGUUUUCUACCUUCAAGAUACGAAAUUGCGUGACCCUUGGAAAAUUGUGCAAUACAUCCAACAUAGGGGAGUGUUUGAUGUCCCGGAAGUCGGGGGCGGAGAAUCCAAUGAUAAUACAGAAGAUAGUGACGCAUUUCAACAAGAAGCAAUUGUUGAUGUUGUCCCUAUCAAUGUUGAAGACAAUAUUAUUGAGUAUUGUAUGGGUGAUGUUGAAACUGAGGUUGCUCCUGAAGGUGGAACUUCAAGAGAUGCUAAUGAAAAUGAAGAGCAUGACAUACCUGAUGUUGAUCUUGAUAUGAAUUAUGAUAUGUAG